AUGACCAUUUUAUCUGCCUUUUCUUCCGAUGCAAUUGGUUUGAUAUCCUUGGCUGCCUUCGAACGUGGUGCGCUGAUCCAGUAUCGGAAUCCCGCAUCCCCCGCAUUUGUUGCUCCCCGUCUCAUCUGCCCUGCCUUCUCCAACUCCCAACUCCGACGCUUCGAACGAGGAAUCCGCAUGAUGCAGCUUGGGUUGACCGAGAGUCUUCCCACUCUUGUGGCAAGGCGCUUUGCUGCUGCCAAAGACGCUGGGCACUUGAUAUUUUCCCAGACUCAUCUUGAGAUUCUACGCCCUGGUGGCACCCCUUAUCAACUCCGAUACUGCCCUGCUCUUGCCAACAAGCCGACCGGAAAGCCCAAAGCGGACGAGGGAAACAACAAGAAACGAUUCGACCCCUUCGAAAACCCGUCCCCAGACCUUCUGAUCACACACUUUCCAAAAGAAAACCCGACACAUUUUCUCGUAUUAAACAAGUUCCCUGUCAUCCCGAAUCAUUUCAUUCUCGCAACGACUGCCUGGCGGGAACAGACGGAUAUACUAGAGAAGGAAGAUCUGGCGGCGGCGUAUGCCUGCGUCAAGGCAUGGAGCGAGGACAGCCAAACUGGCGGCGCAAAGCCCAGAAGGCUAUUCGCAUUUUUCAACUCCGGGUACGAAAGCGGUGCAAGCCAACCCCAUAGACAUCUGCAGUUCCUACCUGUGGAAUCGAUGUCCGAAGACGACGAGACUGGGACAUGGAGGCCGCUAAUCGAUACGGUUCCCUCACAACCGGCUUCUUCUGAAUCAGAAUUUCGACGAAUACCCUGGCUUCCACUUGCCAAUUUUGCUCUCCCCUUGCCCCCGAAUGCUUCUGCCGAGAGUCUCCACGAAAUAUACCUGUCUCUAUACAAGGCCGCCGCAGUGGCAGCAGGUGUCCCCCGAAAUGAAGUGCGGUCAAGCACCGGGCCUGCGGCUGUUAGCUAUAACCUUGCGAUGACAGAAUCCACGAUGAUGAUCUGUCCGCGGAAGAGCGUCAGCGCCGUGGUGGAGGUUGAUGACGCGGUGCGCAAGGAUAUCCAUGAAGCGGGAGUUGUUGAGCUUAAUGGGACGCUCCUUGGUGGAACGAUGAUGGUGAAAGCUGAAGCAGAGUGGAGUGAGUUGCGCCGGGGCUCUGAUGGUCUGAUGAAGGUGCUUUCUUCCAUUGGGUAUCCCCAGCCAGACAUAAGAGAACUCGCGCUGUUAUAAUCAUAGACAUGCAUUUUGUGCGUUCCAGCCCAAGCAUCUAAUACUCCCCAUCGGAAUGGGUGAGAGAGUUGGUACCUUAAUAGGUAGAUACUAGCUAUGUAUAUAGUUUUGGCCAUCACGUGGGGCGGCCUUCCAGGCUGAGACUCAUCCAUUCCCUCACUUUCUCCUUCCUCUUUACAUCCGCCCAGCCUGACAAAUUCUACCGACCACUAUCUCGACCUGCUCGUUUCAGUUGA